CAGGAAUAGUAAUUGCCAAAGAAGGAAACGCAGGAAUAUGAGAGAGAGAGAGAGAGAGAGCGAGAGCGAGAGCCUUGUGUAUUUAUGCCAAGUAUCAAAAGCCCGACUGGCCACCCCUCCUCCCCCGCCAAAGGUCGUUCGUUGGCGUUGAUUAUUAAGUCUUCAGCUUCAUGACAAGUGACAACUAUGGCACAUCAUGUCACAACACCCCCCAGUCCCAUCCCGCGUGCGGAACGGUGGACAAGACCCAAGAAGGGGAGCGCCGCGCCCCCAAGUUCCGAGAGAGAUGAAGCAAGAUCGACCCCUCCAUCCAUCGGUGCGGAUUCCACCCCCACCUCCAUCCAUCCUCCUCUUCACCUCCCCCGCCUUCGGAGCAAGAUGCCGGCUGUCGAGUGUCGUUUGGUAGCGUCCCCGGUUGCGCAAUCGCCCACAUUCACCCCCGCCAAAGGGAUCAGAAAAACCACAAUGGCAUUUUACGAGUGUUUCGUACGGACAUAAGUGUCAAUUAGCAAGUCUGUCAAAUGUGCCUGUCGGCCGAAGUCGCCAUGAUCGCUCGGCUCGGCGAUGGCUGAGGUAUAAUGUCUGUCAGUUUACUCCGGACUUAUGCAGAAGAUGAGGCGCCUGGUGGAUCUAUCUUUACCCAACCAACCGCGACGAAC